CAAGAACAAGAAAGUCAAUGGGGAAGAACAAGAAGCGGUUUGUGCUUAUCCAUGGGGUCUGCCAUGGCGCAUGGACUUGGUACAAGGUAAAACCGGUUCUCGAGGCAGCUGGUCACAUCGUGAGUGCACUGGAUCUGGCUGCAUCCGGUAUAAGCACGACCAGAUUGGAAGAGAUUCAGAGUCUUGAAGAUUACUCUAAACCGUUGCUUGAGUUUCUGAGCUCCUCGGAUGAUGAUGACGAGAAAGUGAUACUUGUUGCUCAUAGCAUGGGAGGCAUACCAGCUGCUCUCGCUGCUGACAUCUUCCCUCGUAAGAUCGCUGCUAUUGUCUUCUUGACAGCUACCAUGCGCGACACAAGAAACCCUCCUGCUUAUGCUUUCGAAAAGUUUGUCCCGAGCGUUCCACAAGAAGAGUUAUUGGACACAGUGUUUAGCAGCUACGGAACACCAGAUCGUCUUGUACACACUGUUCUUUUCGGACCAAAGUUCAUGGCCAAGAAACUAUAUCAGUUGUCCCCUAUCCAAGAUCUUGAAUUGGCGAAAUUGUUGGUGAGGGCAAACCCGGCACUAGCUACGGACAAUCUUGCAGGGACAAAAAGCUUUACUGAGGAAGGUUAUGGAUCGGUUACACGUAUUUAUAUCGUGUGCGGUGAGGAUAAUCUAGUGCGUGAGGAAUACCAGAGUUUGAUAAUUAGCAACUUUCCGCCAAAAGAAGUAAUGGAGAUUAAAGAUGCAGAUCAUAUGGCAAUGUUAUCCAAGCCUCAACAACUAUGUGGUCUUCUCUUGGAAGUCGCAGAUAAAUAUGCUUAAAUCAACCUGAGAUCAAACACUUCAGCUUCCACCACAAUAAGGUUGGCCAUAUGAGAGAACUUUCUUUAUGUAUGUGAAAUAAGCAAAUUAUAAUAAACAAGCAAAUUUAGCA